CUACAGUUCAGAAAGGAACUAGAAAUUAGAACCACGCUUCAGGAAUUGUUACUCUACUUGAUUUUUUUAAUAAAUCUAUGUAUAUUGACCUUUGGGAUGGUAAACCCAAAUAUGUAUUACUUAAACAGAGUUAUGUCAUCUCUAUUUUUGGACACUGCUGUGCCUGGUGAUGAAAGAAUCAACUUUAAAUCUAUCCACAACAUACCUGAUUUUUGGAAGUAUAUGGAAGGACCCCUUUUGGAAGGCCUGUACUGGAAUGCAUGGUAUGCUAGCAAAAAGUUGUAUAAUUUAAAGAAUAGCAGUCGUAUCUACUAUGAGAACAUCCUUCUAGGAGUUCCCAGAGUUCGUCAACUAAAAGUCCGCAAUGGCACGUGCAUUGUCUAUCGACCUUUUCAGUCUUUAAUGGAUGAAUGUUACGACAAAUACACUUCUAAAAAUGAAGACACACUUAGUUUUGGCAUUGAUCCUGAAUGGAAGUAUUCUGCUCCUACAGUCAAAAACCUUUGGCACUGGGGAUAUGUUGGUGUUUACAGAAAUGGGGGAUAUAUUUUCACUUUAUCAAAAUCAAAAUCUGAAAACAAAAACAAGUUCAUUAACCUUCGAAUGAACAGCUGGAUCACAAGAGGGACUAGAGUUAUUUUUAUUGAUUUUUCAGUGUACAAUGCUAAUGUAAAUCUGUUUUGUGUUGUCAGAUUGGUGGCAGAAUUCCCUGCAACUGGAGGAAUACUUACUUCAUGGAAGUUUUACUCUGUGAAACUCCUCAGAUAUGUUAGCUACUAUGAUUAUUUUAUUGCUUCCUGUGAAAUCACAUUUUGUAUUUUUCUUCUUGUUUUUACAAUACAAGAAAUCAUAAAAAUAAAAAAAUAUAGAAGUGCCUAUUUCAAAAGUAUCUGGAACUGGCUAGAAUUACUACUUUUGAUGUUGUGUUUUGUGGCUGUUGGCUUCAACUUGUACUGUACUAUCCAAACUUCACUCUUACUUCAAGAGUUGUUAAACAGCACAGAAAACUAUUCAGAUUUCUAUUUCCUUGCAUACUGGAAUAUUAAUUACAACAAUGUAAUUGCUGUUACCAUCUUCUUUGCAUGGAUAAAGAUAUUCAAAUUCAUAAGCUUUAAUAAGACAAUGUAUCAACUGUCAUCAACUUUGUCCCGCUGUAUCAAAGACAUAGUAGGAUUUGCCAUCAUGUUUUUUAUAAUAUUCUUUGCUUAUGCUCAACUAGGAUUUCUUGUUUUUGGAUCACAGGUUGAUGACUUUUCUACUUUUCAAAAUUCCAUAUUUGCACAAUUCCGAAUUAUUCUUGGAGAUUUUAAUUUUGCUGGUAUUCAGCAAGCUGAUUAUAUCUUGGGACCCAUUUACUUCAUCACUUUCAUAUUUUUUGUGUUCUUUGUCCUGCUGAACAUGUUCUUGGCAAUAAUCAAUGACACCUACUCUGAAGUGAAAGCUGGUUAUUCAAUAGGCAGAAAGCCUGAUUUUGAACUUGGCAAAAUGCUUAAACAGACUUGCAACACUGCUCUUGAAAAACUGAGACUAAAGAAACCUCCAACUGAAGAAAGCAAGAAAAUUGUGAAAACUGGAGAUUUAGCUGAACAAGCCAGAAGAGAAGGCUUUGACAACACUGAGAUUCAAAAUGCAUUACAGAUGAAAAAAUGGAAAGAGAGGCUUGAGAAAAAAUAUUAUUCUGCAGAACUUCAAGAUGAUUACCAGCCUGUAACUCAACAAGAGUUUCGAGAGUUAUAUGCACCGUCUGGGAAGAAUCACUAUGUUCUCUACAUCUAUGCAACAUCUUUUGACCACAAAUGCAAUUUGUACAUUGGUGCUCAAUAGUUCCUGGAUUUUAACAUGAGCAAAUUAAAUACAUUUUACUCACCUUCCUCUGGCUGUACAUCAAAUUUUGGAUGAUUCACAGCAAAAAGAAAUAAUAACUAUCCUCUGCUUUUUCUCCCUAGAUUUCUAUCAGGGAAUCAGCAAUAUGUAUGGUCUUUCCUUAUCUUACUACUCCUCAGAGCUGUAGCAGGCAAAUAGUUUAGCAACUUCUUGUUCCCUCACAUGGUCACUGGAUGGGAAAAUUAAAGCCUAAGAAGAUCAA